CACGCGAAGUUAUUUAUCUACCGGAGUCCGGAGACAAUUUAUUUUAAUACAUUGAUUUUCUAUUGUGUAUAAGUGAAAACAUUUUUAUCAACCUAGCUGAAUUGGGACUCGAAAAAAAUAGUUAAAAUACUUCCUCUUAUUAUAAAAAUGUCAUAUGUUCAUUUUAGAACUGCCCAAUGGCCGUAUCGUUCGAGUGUCAAUAAUCAGUGUUUGUCCGUGUGGAAUUAAAUUGAAAUGUUUCUGUUCAGGAAUGUGAUUAUGGACAGCUUAUAUCGGAGGAAAUGUUUACAUCUGUUGAUACUCUUCAGUUUCUUAAAGAUAAAUUUUGUUAGCGGGCUGAAGUGUUACUGCAACAGUGACAGCCCUAGUUGUCCUAACUCAACAUGCGAGACAGAUGGCUUUUGUUAUGCUUCCUAUGCUCUGGACAACGGAGUGCACAAAUACACCUACCAAGAGGUGGCCUUAAGCUGUAUGCAAAGAAAUAUAGCCUUCCCUCCAGACUAUCCAAUCAAAUGCAGACAUCCAAGAGCCUAUUGCUGUAGUAAAGAUUUCUGCAAUUCUGAUGAGGUUAACCAAGAGAAAUUCUUUAAAGUGCUGCAUGCCACAUCCACGGAGACGAGUCCGACAGCGACUACAUGGCAGCUGCUUCCAUGGAUCAUGGGACUCAUGGUGCUGAGCGUGUGCGCUGCCAUCAGCUUUUGGUGGGCGCGUCGCUCUCCCAAGACGAUAAAGCGCGAGUCCAGGUCGCUAUUUGCCCCAGAGGACUCUUUUUGCGAAACUCGCCACCCGAUGAUGACGGCUACCAUACGGGACAUGAUCGAGCUGACCACUUCAGGCUCCGGCUCUGGUCUCCCUUUGCUGGUGCAGCGAUCGAUAGCUCGUCAGAUUCAGCUGGUAGACAUAAUCGGCAAGGGCAGGUUCGGUGAGGUUUGGCGCGGUCGCUGGCGAGGCGAAAACGUCGCCGUAAAGAUAUUCUCGUCGCGCGAGGAAAGCUCCUGGUUCCGGGAGGCGGAGAUAUACCAGACCGUGAUGCUGCGACACGAGAAUAUACUCGGAUUCAUCGCUGCCGACAACAAAGACAACGGCACCUGGACACAGCUGUGGUUGAUCACGGACUACCACGAGAACGGCUCCCUGUUCGACUUCCUCAGCGUGCGGACCAUCGACGCGAACACCCUGGUCAAGAUGGCGCAGUCUAUCGCCACAGGCUUGGCGCACCUGCACAUGGACAUCGUGGGCACCAAGGGCUCACAUCGGCUGUACACAGGGAAGCCUGCGAUCGCUCAUCGAGAUCUUAAGUCGAAGAACAUAUUGGUGAAGUCGAAUCUGACGUGCGUGAUCGGCGACCUCGGGCUGGCGGUGCGGCACAACGUGUCCAACGACUCCGUCGACGUGCCCUCGACCAACCGCGUCGGCACCAAGAGAUAUAUGGCGCCGGAGGUGCUGGACGAGAGCAUGGACUCCCGUCAGUUCGACCCGUAUAAGAGGUCCGACGUGUACUCGCUGGGCCUGGUGCUGUGGGAGAUGGCGCGCCGCUGCGGCUGCGCGUGCGACGACUACCAGCCGCCGUACUACGACUGCGUGCCGCCGGACCCCGCGCUCGAGGACAUGCGGCGCGUCGUGUGUCUCGAGAGGCGGCGGCCCGUGCUGCCCAACAGGUGGCACUCCGACCCGGUGCUGUCGGCGAUAGCGAAGGUGAUGAAGGAGUGCUGGUACCAGAACCCGGCGGCGCGACUCACAGCGCUGCGCAUCAAGAAGACGCUCGCCAACAUCGCCACCGCUGACCACUUCAAACUAUAAACGGCUCCACUACCGGCACCAUUACCGACGACAGCGUUCGUCGCCUUCGACCGUUAACGAAUAUAGAUCUUUAAAAGUAGCAUAUUUGAGGAUAUUUUAAAUCUAUUUAAGAUGAACAUUUUUACAAAUUUUCGAGUAUUUCAUAAUAUAAUUCUUCCGAUAAUCGUGUGAUAUGAGUAGGAGUGCGACUGCGAAUGCGUUUUAAGUGUAUAUAGCACUCGGCGGGUGUCGCGCCGCAGUCGUUACGUCGAAGGCGACCGGGCGCGUCGCGCCCCCCGAACGCGCGCUCGCCCGACCGGCGCCGGGGGGUCACAGGGUGUUACUUGUAACAGUUGUAUAUUUGUAAGAGGGGAGGGGAGGGGGUAUCCAUCUAAAAUUUAGAUAUAUUUAACAAAAUUAAAGAUAUGUAAAUUGACUAUAUCUUUGAACGGUUCCGACUAUUUUAAUGUGAAAUUGUAUAUAAAUAUAGAGGUCGGGAUUCGUUUAAAAUGAACAAGCCGACCGUCGGGGAAGUGCGCCGCGGCGGUUAGGCGACGGCGCGUUCGGCGGGCAGCGGUCCCGAUCCUACCUCUUAGAUUAUAUUCGAGUAAUAUCAAACGAGCAUUUAUUAUACUAACGUGUUAUGGACUUGAGGUUGUAGUGAUAUUUUUUCGUUACCAACUACGUAGGUUUAAAAUUUUGUUAAGGUUCGAUUUCGUUCAUUAAUAUUAUUGCGCAUAAUGUUCAUUUUAUGACGUAACACACUAUUUUCGAUUUUUAUUUUUGGAUACUAUGUUUUCUGUGAUAGGUUGAAAGCGCAGCUUCCGUUGUAGGUUCGGCGCGGCCGUCGCUGGCGGGGCGCGCGGGGUACGGCGGACGCUGGGUCGGACUUUGUUAUACGAUUUUGUUUUAAGUUUAGUCCCGUCGUAGUUUUAUGCCAAAUUUAUUGCAUCGUUAUACGUCCUCUAGCGUGGGGCUCGCCCCCGGGUAAGAGGUUUCUGUACCUUUGGAAAUUGUUAAUUACUAGUAAUAUUACGUGGGUAAGAUUAAUUGAAGACUUUUGUUUCAAAUUUUAUCAUACGUAUAAGAGUCCCGCGUCGCGCCGCGAGGCCGCCCUCGGGCACGCCACAGGAGCCCUGUAUCGAUCUAACUUUCUUCAUCUUAAAAACAACUGUGGAACUAAUGAAUUUGCAUAUCCGCGUCCUGCGAGUGUAUCCUGUUCCGCCUAGCGCGUAGCCCGCGUGUCCGAGCGGGGCGGCGCGGCGCGGAGGUAUUUUGGCGAAGCUGACUUAGAAUAUAUCGAGAGUGAAAUGUUUUACAUAUUAGUUGAUGAGUAAAAUUAACAUAUUUUCUUACUUGUUCGGAUAAUCGUUUUUUCGGAUAUUAAGAUAUUUUGAAUUUGUAAAUAUGAACGAGAGUUUGUCUACUAUAUACGAUCUACUAUUUGCGUAAGAGUUUAUGUAACAUUUUUUUACAGAUAAGUAUAGGGUUUAUUUUUUUGAUAUAAUUAUAUUCGUAUAAGUUCAUACGAGCGACCGGCUGAGUGUGUGUGAGUGUAAUCGCGUCACGCGCUUCGUUCGGUUCGCACGCACUUUAAAUGAACGCUACUAGGGUAUCCUUGAGUUUGCUGGAUUCGGCAACCUUGGUACUUCGUCGCAUGAACGGUGCAACGCUCAUCCCAAGCGUCCUCGAGUGUGAGCGAGCCGUCGCCCGAGGCGUGGUCCGCGGUGUAUGUACUUACGAGAGUAUACGCGUACUUUAAUAUCCUGUCCAUCCAGCUUUAUAUUGUAUUUUUUUACGUUUGUUUGUAAAGCCAGACUACCCUCGGGUUUACACAUUUUUUACAGCUCUUUAUUACUGCGAAUUAUAUUUUUGACUGAACAUUAAACUUUUAUAUCUUUUUAAUAAUUUUGCGUUAUUGCAUAAAGAUUCUAAUAAACUAGUUUUCGAUGAUAUUGAUAUAUGGAAAUAAUAGCAAUAGUGUGGUUGAUCAGUUUAUAGUUCAUGAGUCUUCCAAUCAAGGUGAAAUUCGAUAUUCGAUUUCGACAGUUAAAAAUUAAUUCUAAAAUAAAAAUGAUAACCUCUUCGCUGCGCGGGCGCACGAUAGCAUGUAAGGGUAGACGGUAACUUUUGAUUACUUAUAGAGUCUAGGCAGCUAUUCUCAAAAGAAUAUUAUUAUAGCAAGUUUCGUUUUCUCGAUACCAGCGAGAUUUACCUGAACACGACAACCAAGCAAUAUGAGAUCGGGUGAUAUACUAAGUAUCUAUUGAGGUCUGCGGCGUCUGUGCAGAGUUAUUUAUUAUAAUAUAUGUUAAUUGCAUAAGCGUUCAGUUGCCCUUAGAGUCGUACUCCUGAAUGGAUAAAUAUACAUUAUUGUAUUAUUAUAUAACAUUACUUUAAGUUUUAUAUAUUUUAAAACGUUUGUCGCUUCAUGCCUUAGUGAUUAAGGAAUACGUAAUUAGUUCUUUAGCCCAACAUUGACAUAGGGGAGUGUUAUAUUUUAGCUGUAUGUGUUACUUAUGGGCAGCCGCCGACUCUCGGGACUGGUCGGCUCCGAAAGAGCGGCGUGUUAUGUAUAGAUGAUCCUUGUUGAAAAUAUUAUAAAUAUUUGAAAAUGUUGAUUAAACGCGUAGACGUAAUGCAUCAGGCAGAAACAUUAAAUUUAAUUGAUAGUUUAUGUGCUUCCGUGGGCACGCACCCACGCAGUGCGUAGCCCGCGAUGCGGCCACGUGACGAUCAUAUCAUGUUUUGCAGUCACGGAAUAUUUAUUAUUAUUAUUAAGGUAUUCGUACUUGUGUGAACGCAGAGCGCGCUUCAGGCGUUGGUGUCGUCUGAAGAGCCAGUACCAACUAAUUCUCAGUCGCGUGGGGUUGAGCCCUUGUACAUUAUGUGAUUGUAUUGUUUUCUUAUGUACUUGUAUGAUAAUUGAAUGUUUCGCUUUUAGAUUAAACAUUUGGCGUUUUAUGUUGAAUGUAAAUGUGAGUGACUGGCGGUCCACGAGUGACGGAAAUCAGUAAACUCAUUGUCGCUUGGCGACGCGUGCCCUUAUUAAACUUUCGACUUAUUAUUCUAUACCAAAUGUCAGUUAUUCAUAUUAGAUUUUAAAAGGAUGGAUGUCGGUGUCGAUGAAUUAGAUAUUAGUGUGUGUAAUGUUUAGUGUUUUCGCGAUUAAGAUCUAGAUGUCUUCUGUCCUAAGGAAUAAUAAAAACACGAUAAAUGAUUUCUUAAACGACUGAAUGUUUUAAGGGCAGUCAAUCUGAAGUGACGCCGCCGUCGCCGCCGUCGCCGCCGGCCCGGGCGUCAUUAGUCGAAUGUUAGCUAGAGGUGUAACUAUAGAUUUCAUUCUUAUUCAAUAUUAUUCUUCGUUGUUCUCGUAAUAUUAAUAUUGAGAGUUAAAUAAUUUAGAUUAGACGUAGGUCGAGCCCUAGCGUUUCAAGGAGCCAUACCGACGAGUACAGCAGCAAUAAGAAACAGCGCCGGACGGAGUCAUGUCACAUGCCAAGUCAUUUCUAAAGCGAUGUGGUUCCAAACUCGACUUGACUCACUUUUAUGUACCUACCUACCAUUAUUUAAUUGUCGCAUUACAUAAGAUUUAUAAAUUGUUUCUGGAGUGGAUAAUUAAUAUAAUAAAA